GAGAGGAGGUCCCUAGAAAAGGAAAAGUAGCUGUGAUUGCAAGUUACCAAGUCCAGGAUUUAUAUCACUGUACUGAGCUCUCUCUAUCCCAGGAUGGGGACCCUUACGAGUUGCCCUCUACUUCUCCUGCUUCUGGCGACCGCCCUGGCCCCGACCCAAGCGGGCAAGAGCUCACACUCGCUGCGGUAUUUCGCCACUGCCAUAUCCAGGCCAGGCUUCGGGGAGCCUCGGUUCACCGCCGUGGGUUACGUGGACGACACACAGUUCAUGCGCUUCGACAGCGACUCUGAGAAUCCCAGGGCCGAGCCAUGCAAGCCAUGGGUGGAACAGAUGGAGCCCGAAUAUUGGGAGCAGGAGACGCGGAAAUUCAAGGAGCACACCCAGAAUUUCCGAACUUGCCUUUACAACCUACUCCACCUGUAUAACCAGAGUCAGGACGGUCCCCACACAAUCCAGGAUAUGCACGGAUGCUACGUGGGACCAGAUGGUCAGUUCCUACACGGGCACUAUCAACAUGCCUAUGAUGGCCACGAUUACAUCACCCUGAACGAGGACCUGAGCUCCUGGACCGCAGCAGAUGCAGUGGCUCAGAUCACUCAACACAAAUGGGAGGAGGCUGGAGUGGCAGAGGAAUACAAGGCCUACCUAGAGGGCACAUGCGUGGAGACACUCCACAGAUUGUUGGAGGAAGCUCAGCAACACUCAGACCCCCCAAAUACACAUGUGACCCGUCACCCCAGACCUGAAGGUGAUGUCACCCUGAGGUGCUGGGCCCUGGGCUUCUACCCUGCUGACAUCACCCUGACCUGGCAGUUGAAUGGGGAGGAGCUGACCCAGGACAUGGAGCUUGUGGAGACCAGGCCUGCAGGGGAUGGAACCUUCCAGAAGUGGGCAGCUGUGGUGGUGCCUCUUGGGAAGGAGCAGAAUUACACAUGCCAUGUGCACCAUGAGGGGCUGCCUGAGCCACUCACCCUGAGAUGGGAGCCUCUUCCAUCCACCGACUCUAACAUGGUAAUCAUUGCUGCUCUGGUUGUCUUUGGAGCUGUGAUCAUCAUUGGAGCUGUGGUGGCUUUUAUGAUGAAGAGGAGAAACACAGGUGGAAAAGGAGGGGUCUAUUGUUGGGAGCCGCGCCCACAUUCGCCGUUACAAGAUGGCGCUGACAGCUGUGUUCUAAGUGGUAAACAAAUAAUCUGCGCAUGUGCCAAGGGUAUCUUAUGACUACUUGUGCUCUGCCUUCCCCGUGACGUCAACUCGGCCGAUGGGCUGCAGCCAAUCAGGGAGUGACACGUCCGAGGCGAAGGAGAAUGCUCCUUAAGAGGGACGGGGUUUCGUUUUCUCUCUCUCUUGCUUCUUGCUCUCUUGCUUCUUGCUCUCUUGCUUCCUGCACCCUGGCUCCUGAAGAUGUAAGAAAUAAAGCUUUGCCGCAG